AUGGCACCAAUCGACACUGCUCGCAGGCAGAUUCUAGGUACACUGCCUUCAGAGAUCAUAGCACUCAUCAUUGCGAGUUCAACUCUGGCGAGCAUUAACGCCAUUUCGCAGACAUGCCGGUUCUUCCAAGGCAUCGCCACCCCGAUACUGUACAAACGAGCAACAGCGGCCCAUCCAUACCUGCUCGCAUGGGCGUGCGAGAUUGGUAACAGAGCGGUCGCCCUGCGCCUGCUCGCGGAGGAUGCCGAUCCGAACUUGCAGGUCGAGGCAUACCAAGACAGACGCGUCCUUGUAAGCCCAACUGACUUGGGCGACCACCUGCGAGGUUCGUCCUCGCCCACGCCCGGUUCCCCGCUGGAGAUCCUGCACAGCAUCUACGCCCGGUCCGAUGGGCCCGAUGUGUUGAAUAGAGUUUUCGAGGAUUCCCCUUAUGCAUUUCAGAUGGAAUAUCACACGUGGUCGCCUCUGCACCUAGCCACAAUCAGGGGCCACGCCGCAAUCGUCGAGCUGCUACUCGACCACGGCGCCGAAGUUGACGCAGUUGCGCCCGGAUACUGCAAAUAUGAGGCUGACGGCCUCGUUACGGACGAAGACUACACCACCAUUCCCUUCUGGCCUAACCACACUGCGCUCCGCGUGGCCCUCUGCCACCGCCAGGAGGAGGUUGCCCGUAUCCUCAUCGCUCGCGGUGCCAAGCUCGCGUUUGGACCUGGCCCUCAUGGGCAGCAUGAGCAUGCGCUGCAUACGGCUGCCGGUCACGGCUGCGUCGAUGCCAUAAGACAGAUGUUCGCCAGGGUGGCAGCGGCUGCAUCAGACGACGCCAGCACCCCCAGCACCAGAAGCCUUGAUGUCAACAUGCCAGACUCCCAGGGUUUCACCCCGUUAUACCACGCGCUACGCUGCGAGCAGUCAGAGAGGGUCGUAGACUGCCUCUUGAAGCUCGGCGCGGAUCCCAACGUUACUGGUUCGAAGCUGGGGACAGUCACCACGGAGACUCCGCUGCACGUUGCCUGCAGGCAGAAGCAGUGGGCCGAGGCGAGGAUGCUGGUCGAAGCCGGCGCCGACGUGGAACGAAGGACCCUGGACUGGGCCCCCGGCGUGCGCGCCCUGGACCUUGUCUGUCUCUGCCUGCAGUCCUGGUCCUCGGACCGGCCCCUGACCCGUGAGCAAGACUACAGAGGCGCAGCGCAGCCAGCCGCGCUGCAGGAGCAUGUCCGACUGCUGCGGACCAUCCUCAGGCACGGGGCGGCCACCACGCCACACUCCGCGCGGGGCAGUCUGCAUCGCGGCGGCGGACGGAGGGGCUUCCGGCGCGGCAGCGGCCGUGGCCGAGGUGGCUCGUACCCCGGCCCUGAGCGGUGGAGUUGGGCGCCCGUCGUGCUCGCGGCGACGUGGCCUUCCUCUGCGGUGGCCAUUGCGCUCCUGGAGGUAUUUGCCGAGGCCGGGGUCGAGCUCGGGGAGGACAAGGAUAUCUUGACCCAAGUCAUUGCGAGGUCGAAUAGCAAGAUGCACUACACGUCGAGCUCGCCUGACGAUGAUGAGGAUCCUGUGCCCGUUGUGGCCUGGCUUCUCGAGCACGGAGUACAAAUACCUUCAUCCAUUGACGGUUCAGGCGUCGAUGAUGAGCUGAUGAAGGUGCUCCUGGCCUGCGCAGAGGAAGCCUGGGCGCCCACACUUUUUGAGGUGCUGUUCCUGCAUUGGAAGACAGUCCAGACGCCCGAAGGAUGCUCACAGGCUGGGCAAUUGAUCGAGGUGUUGCUGCAUGCAGGAUAUGACGAGCUCUGCCAGCCAUUCUUGAAGUCUGGCGUCGUCCGCUACACAUCGUCAGGAGAUCCCUAG